CCCACUACCAGAAACGCAGAUCUGAGAGAGCAGUUCCUCACCACCUGUCUCUCUCUCUCUCUCUUCCCCCCCACAAUCCAUCUAGUAUAUCGGAUCUGUUUAUCUAGUCGCUAUAAUUGAUUGAGAAGCUCCCCCAAAUCGACAGGAAGUGUUCGUGUUUCACAUUCGAGUAGUUCUGAAGGUUGUUUGCAAGGACAGAGCAUCGAUUUUCACGAAUUUAUCGAUCUGAGAUUUCCGAUCUGGUUCGUCGAGGUUAUAGGAAAAGGGAAAAAAGGGGGCAAACAAUGGAGAAAUCUUGUACAUUGCUUAUUCACUUCGACAAAGGAACUCCUGCGCUCGUGAAUGAGAUCAAAGAGGCUCUUGAAGGGAACGAUGUCCCACUUAAAAUCGAAGCUAUGAAGAAAGCAAUCAUGGUUCUGUUGAACGGGGACACCCUCCCUCAGCUAUUCAUUACUAUUGUACGAUAUGUCUUGCCUUCUGAAGAUCACACUAUCCAGAAACUUUUGCUUCUCUAUUUGGAGAUCAUUGAUAAGACUGAUGCGAGAGGAAAAGUUCUCCCUGAAAUGAUUCUAAUAUGCCAGAACUUAAGGAAUAAUCUCCAGCAUCCGAAUGAAUAUAUCCGUGGUGUAACUCUCAGAUUUCUGUGUCGAUUGAAUGAGACCGAGUUAAUUGAGCCUCUGAUCCCAUCGGUUUUGGCCAAUUUGGAGCAUCGCCACCCCUUCAUUAGGAGGAAUGCAAUUCUUGCAGUCAUGUCGAUAUACAAGCUUCCCCAAGGGGAUCAGCUUCUUGUUGAUGCCCCUGAGAUGAUCGAGAAGGUACUUUCAUCGGAGCAGGAUCCAUCAGCCAAGCGAAACGCUUUUCUUAUGCUCUUCACUUGUGCUCAGGAUCGUGCAGUUAAUUACCUACUCACCCAUGUUGAUAGCAUCCCUGAGUGGGGAGAGCUACUUCAGAUGGUUGUACUGGAGCUGAUCCGGAAGGUGUGCAGAACAAAUCGGGGGGAGAAAGGGAAAUACAUAAAGAUCAUCAUUUCUCUGUUAAAUGCCCCAUCAGCUGCUGUUAUCUAUGAAUGUGCUGGGACACUCGUAUCUCUGUCAUCUGCCCCCACGGCUAUAAGAGCUGCUUCCAACACAUACUGCCAGCUUCUGCUCUCUCAGAGUGAUAACAAUGUUAAACUUAUUUUGCUGGAUCGCUUGAAUGAGCUCAAGUCUUCUCACAGAGAAAUCAUGGUUGAUAUGAUCAUGGAUGUGCUUAGAGCAUUAUCUAGCCCCAACUUAGACAUCCGAAGGAAAACACUGGACAUUGCUCUUGAAUUGAUAACUCCCCGCAAUAUCGAUGAGGUUGUUCUUACUCUGAAGAAGGAAGUUAUGAAGACUCAGAGCACUGAGCUUGAGAAGAAUGGGGAAUACCGGCAAAUGCUGGUUCAAGCCAUACAUACUUGUGCAAUAAAAUUCCCUGAGGUCGCAAGCACUGUGGUUCAUCUGUUGAUGGAUUUCCUUGGAGACAGCAAUGUUGCUUCAGCUAUCGAUGUGGUAGUUUUUGUACGAGAAAUAAUUGAAACCAACCCAAAACUGAGGGUCUCAAUAAUAACAAGGCUCUUGGACACUUUCUACCAGAUCCGUGCUGCUCGUGUUUGUUCAUGUGCACUUUGGAUCAUCGCAGAAUACUGUCUAUCACUGUCUGAAGUUGAGAGUGGGAUCGCAACCAUUAAGCAGUGUCUUGGGGAACUGCCUUUCUACACAGUUGCAGAAGAAGGGGAUGCUUCAGAUGCUCCCAAACGGUCUCAGCAAGUAAACCCUAUUACUGUUUCCUCUAGAAGACCUGCGGUCCUUGCUGAUGGGACCUAUGCUACCCAGAGUGCUGCCUCAGAAACUGCCCUUUCCACUCCAACCCUUGUUCAGGGUUCUUUGGCUUCUCCUGGGAAUUUGAGAUCCCUGAUUCUGACUGGUGACUUUUUCCUUGGGGCAGUGGUUGCCUGCUCCCUAACAAAGCUGGCUCUGAGAUUGGAAGAGGUUCAGCCAUCAAACGUUGAAGUGAACAAAGCUACUACUGAAGCCUUAUUGAUCAUGGUUUCUAUGCUGCAAUUGGGGCAGUCUUCGGUUCUUUCUCACCCAAUUGAUAAUGAUUCUUACGAUAGGAUUGUCCUUUGCAUAAGAUUGCUUUGCAAUACUGGCGAUGAGAUUAGGAAGAUAUGGCUGCAGUCAUGUCGUCAGAGUUUUGUUAAAAUGCUUGCAGAUAAGCAGAUCAGAGAAACGGAGGAGAUAAAAGCAAAGGCUUUGAUCUCUCAUGCACAACCAGAUGACCUCAUCGAUUUCUACCAUUUGAAGAGUAGGAAGGGCAUGAGCCAACUUGAGUUGGAAGAUGAAGUUCAAGAUGAUUUAAAACGUGCAACUGGAGAGUUCACCAAAGACGCAGAUGAUGCUAAUAAGCUCAAUCGCAUUCUGCAACUGACAGGAUUUAGUGAUCCUGUUUAUGCUGAAGCCUAUGUCACUGUUCAUCACUAUGACAUUGUCCUUGAUGUCACUGUCAUCAAUCGAACCAAGGAGACCCUCCAGAAUUUGUGCUUGGAGUUGGCAACCAUGGGUGACCUCAAACUUGUGGAGCGUCCACAGAAUUAUACGCUGGCUCCAGAAUCAAGCAAGCAGAUUAAAGCAAACAUUAAGGUUUCUUCAACUGAAACAGGAGUAAUAUUCGGAAACAUUGUUUACGAGACUUCAAAUGUGUUUGAGAGAACAGUUGUUGUCCUCAAUGACAUCCAUAUUGAUAUAAUGGACUAUAUCUCUCCUUCAACCUGUGCUGAUGUGGCAUUCAGGACUAUGUGGGCUGAGUUUGAGUGGGAAAACAAGGUGGCUGUAAACACUGUCAUUCAAGAUGAGAAAGAAUUCCUAAAUCACAUCAUCAGGUCAACCAAUAUGAAGUGCCUCACUGCACCGUCGGCACUGGAUGGGGAAUGUGGGUUCCUGGCUGCUAAUUUGUAUGCAAAGAGUGUGUUUGGGGAGGAUGCUUUGGUAAAUAUCAGUGUGGAGAAACAAACAGAUGGGAAAUUGAGCGGGUACAUAAGGAUAAGAAGCAAAACCCAGGGAAUUGCCUUGAGUCUUGGUGACAAGAUCACUCUCAAACAGAAGGGAGGCAGUUGACCUAUAAAAGUACUUUUUUCGUCGAAGUUCUCUUUUUGAAUUCUAUAUUUCGCUUCUUCUCUUAUCAUCAUUUGAAAAUUGCAGGCAUUUGUAUUGGAAAUUUUGUUUCCGAAAAGUAAAAGAUAAAGUCUUAACUCCGGCCAGUUGUUGUUUCCCUAAAUCUGGGAAGAGUAGUAGUAUA